GUCCUUUACUGAUAAGGUAGGUGGGUACCUUAUUAGGUCAGAUCCACCUGGCAUGAAGCUGGGGUUCUUGUCCAUGCCGCCCAGGUCAUGCUUAUCACAAGCCAACCAAUCAAGCCCCCUUAUCUUCCACAACACCGAAUCCCCUCAAAGGCCUCAAGAGACUGAGCACAUGAAGGACUCGAGUCCCCGCGAAGUAUAUCCUGUUUACUCUCGCGGCCCGGCUUGCUUACCGGAUAGAGACACCCCUCUGUAGCGGCUGGGCGGAUUUAAUAUAUAUAUAUAUACGAACGGGGAGAAGCAAGGUAUAUAUCAUCCUUCUUUGCCAGGAUAAUGGGGACACCUCGCCCAGACAACAUCUCCGAACCGAAGAUGGCCGCCGAAGAGUCUAUCACUAUACAGAAACGACUGCACUACUCACCGCCAUGGGCCGACUUGAGUAUCAUCGGGGUGGCCGGUAGCUCGGGCUCGGGAAAAUCCACUCUGUCCCAUGCCAUCUGCAAGAAAUUGAACUUGCCUUGGGUUGUCAUCUUGUCCAUGGACUCGUUCUACAAACCACUCAAUGCAGAACAAUCCAAAAAAGCAUUCGCCAAUGAGUUCGAUUUUGAUUCCCCCCAAGCCAUCGACUUUGACGUUUUGCUUCAAUGUCUCCGAGACCUCAAGGCUGGCAAGAAGGCCGAUAUCCCCAUCUACUCGUUCUCCAAACAUCAGCGCACUGAGCAGACCACAACCAUCUACUCUCCCCACGUGUUGAUUCUAGAGGGCAUUUUCGCUCUGUACGACCCGCGCAUCCUGGAACUCUUGGACAUGAAGAUCUUUUGUGAUGCCGAUGCAGACACAUGCCUGUCUAGACGGGUGCUGCGCGAUGUCAAGGAGCGAGCUCGAGACAUAGAGGGCAUCAUGAAACAGUGGUUUGCCUUCGUCAAACCCAACUUCGAGAAGUAUGUAGAGCCGCAGCGGAAGGUAGCUGAUGUCAUUGUCCCUCGAGGCAUUGAAAAUCAUGUCGCCAUGACAAUGGUCGUCCAGUACAUCGAGGGAAAGCUCGUGGAGAAGUCGACGCAUCAUAGGGCAGCGUUGACCCAGCUGGAGAUUGAAGCCGCGAAUCACCCUCUCUCGAACAGAGUCGUCAUACUCCAUCAGACUCCCCAGCUAAAGGGAAUGAGCACAAUCCUCCAGGACAUGGAUACCGAAGCUGAAGAUUUCAUCUUCUACUUCGACCGACUUGCGAGUCUGUUGCUUGAACAAGCGCUUAACAAUGUCAGCUACAAGGAACACACUGUCGAGACACCUCAGGGCUACCGAUACGACGGGCUCAAGGCGCAAGGCGAGGUGACAGCCGUUCUCGCCCUCCGGGGCGGUGCAGCGUUCGAAACGGCACUGCAUAGACUGAUCCCCGACUGUCGCACGGGACGCGUGUUGAUCCAGUCCAACGUCCGGACCGGAGAGCCCGAACUGCACUACCUCAAACUGCCCCAGAACAUCGAGAAGAGCGAGAGCGUGCUGCUCAUCGACACGCAGAUGGCGAGCGGAGGGGCUGCACUGAUGGCGGUGCAGGUCCUCGUCGACCACGGCGUCGCUCAGGAGAAGAUCGUCCUGGCGUGCUAUAACGCAGGCAAGCUGGGAGUGCACCGUCUCACGCAGGUCUUCCCCGGCAUCUCCGUCGUGCUGUGCAACAUGCUUGCUGACACGGAAAGCCGCUGGGUGGAGAAGAGGUACUUUCGUUGUUGAUGGCUUUCAGGAUAUGGUACCCGCCACGAAGUCCCACGAGCCUGCAUCUGCUACAGCGUGCUAGAGCGUGAUAUUCCGUAAGACCUAUCUACCUACCUAUAUACAGAAGACUCAUACGCGGGCGUUUAUCGUUUAUUGGAUUUGACUUGACGAGUAGAGAGAGCAAGGCCUCGAAGAGGCAUAGUAUGGGACAGUGGAGUGGUUGAUUUGAGUAUGUAUCUGUAGCGUGAAGCUGUUGAUCUUGCUCAACUUGGCCAUGUCGAUACUGUAGUCAUAACUUCCCCAGUAAAUACAAUUGCUAUUUCUUGAAA